AUUAGUUACAUAUUUCUCUUUAUUCAUAGCACAUGGAGGCUCUUUCCUGUGACGGCAAUAUUACGGCACUAAUUCACGACACCAUAGGAACAUCAACAGGAACAGACCAGGAUACUUUUUAUAUAACACCUUCAAAGUUGGUCUCCAAAGUUAUCGAAGAUGUGAGCCAGAAGUUUGGCUACAAACCCGAUGAGUUUGAAUUGCUGUUAAAAAAUAAGAAUGGUGAAGUGAUCGUUUUAAAUAAUUACACAGACAGCCAGUUAACUGAUGUGGGCGUCGUAUUUGAGAAGAAUAUUUGUAACACCUUGAUUAUAAGAGAAAAAAAGUGUAGCUUGGAUGUUUCUGUAAAUAAUUCUACUAUGGGCGAAUUACCAGGAGGUUCUAUCGAUCAGCAACCACCAGCCAUAAUGUGGUCUUCAAGUAAUAAGAGGUUACCUGCAAUUUCUACGACUGCUGAAUCAUCACAUUCGUCGACCUCUUCGUCUUCAUCUUCCAGUUCGUCAUCUAAAUACGUCGGUCUUGUUAAUCAAGCGAUGACUUGCUACUUGAAUAGUUUACUUCAGGCCUUAUACAUGACCCCUGAGUUUCGAAAUGCCCUUUACAAUUGGGAAUUCGACGGGCAAAACACUGCCACAUCUAUACCAUUUCAACUGCAAAAAUUGUUCCUGAAUUUACAGACAUCUAGUAAGUCUGCUGUAGAGACAACAGAGUUAACAAAGAGUUUCGGUUGGGAUCUUAGCGAAGCAUGGCAGCAACACGACAUACAGGAGCUGUGUCGUGUCAUGUUCGAUGCUCUCGAGCAAAAGUUUAAAGACACGGAACAGGCGAAUCUUAUAAACGCCCUCUACGAGGGAAAAAUGUUGGACUAUGUCAAAUGUCUUGAUUGCGGAACAGAGAAAUCUCGAGAAGAUACUUUUCUCGACGUACCGUUGCCUUUGCGCCCAUUCGGCAGCAAUGUGGCUUAUAACAGUGUUGAAGAGGCGUUAAGAGCUUUUGUUCAGCCAGAAACUCUUGACGGCAACAAUCAGUACUUUUGCGAAAAGUGCAACAAGAAGUGUGACGCGCAUAAGGGAUUUAAAUUCACAAAAUUUCCAUAUCUGUUGACUUUGCAUCUAAAGAGAUUCGACUUUGAUUAUUCCACUAUGCACAGGAUAAAGCUGAAUGAUAAGGUCGUUUUCAAAGAAAUAUUGAACCUGAAUUCGUUUAUAGCCAAUUCGGAUUUGGAUAGCUUGUGUGAUAAUGGCGAAGCAAUGGAAGAAAAAGAAACGAUAGUCAAAUGCGACGAUAGCAGUACGACGGACUCGGGUUCCGCCCUUGAUGAUGAUAGUUGUCAUGGGACUGAUGUUUCGUGUACAGUAAAUGGCCCAGAUAAUAACUGUCAAGAAGAAGAUGAAGGUAUAGAUGUAAGUUCAGGGGGUAACAAUCAAGAAAUUGGAAAGGCAUGUAAUCCCGAGGUGAAAGGUCCCUAUAUCUACGAACUCUUCAGCAUAAUGAUUCAUUCAGGCAGUGCAUCAGGGGGACAUUACUACGCUUACAUAAAAGACUUCAAAAAAAACAAAUGGUAUUGUUUUAACGAUCAGAUGGUCAGUCCCAUUACCGAAGAUGAUAUAAAGAAAACUUACGGUGGUGGUCCAAGUCGCGGUUAUUAUUCUGGCGCCUACAGUUCUAGUACAAAUGCUUAUAUGCUCAUGUACAGGCAGAUAGAUAAAGAGAGGAAUUGCAAAGCAAUGACAGUGGCAGAAUUUCCGCCUCACUUGAGAAAGUUGUUGCGAAAAAUGAGACAAAAGGAGGAGUUUGACAGGGUCGCUAAAGAAAGGCAGAACGAAAUGUUUCGUUUGAAAGUUUAUUGUUUGCAUCCUAUUCAGAAACGAUUAGUCGAUGUGAAAAUUUAUUGUACUGAUGAUACAACUCUUUCUGAUGCUACGAAAGAUGCGUACCAUUUUUUUAAGUUGGAAGGUCUCGUGGCUUAUGAAGAUUGUCGUUUAGUUACUUUUAACAGGAUACAAGAACUAAUAGAGUGUGAUUUUGAAGAAAACUCGAAGUUUGGCGAUAUGCAGUCAAUGAAUAUGUCUUCAUGGCUUCUUGAAAUAAAAGAACCUGGUACAAAAUUCCAAAGCUAUAGGCCAGGAGGCGUAACCGUAAAACUAUAUAUGGUUAAUAUGGAGGAUGAAGAAGUAGAUGGACCUGUUAAUUUCCGCAUUCACAAAGGCGACUAUGUAAGGGACCUUUAUACACGUGUAGCUGAUAAUUUUAAUAUGGACAUAGGCAAAAUGACGUUGGUGUGGAGAUCAGAAAGGAAUCAGCUUUGUCAUCUGGAUAGAUAUGAAAGCUUGGUGCAAUUCGAUCCUACCUAUUUUCAUUACAAACUUUACGUGUCCAAUGGGUUUGAUGAUGAUCCCGAAAAAACUUUUGAACAGUCUAAGCUGUAUAAGAUUAUCGAGGAGUUUUCAUACCUUAUUACGUUACAUGUUCAACUGCCAAACACUGAUCCCAGUACCUUGGAGUGCUUGUUCAUACCUUCGCUUGAUUCAAUACGAAACACGGAUAAAAUAGAUUUGGUAGCUAGUGGUGAUGGAAAUAAUGGGAUAGUAAACAAUGACAUACAGAAUUCUUCUCCUCAACUGGGAGCCUCUGCGGCCGCCUCAGUGAGCGGUGCUUCGGAACCAUUUGGUGAUCAAAGUAAUAGUGAAGAUAGCAGCUUAAGUGAUAGCGAUCGGACCCUUGUCGGCGACGCACCUGGUGAUUGCAUAGGCUUGUUAUCAAGUAGUUCCAAUUCCCCUGCGGAUCAGCACAUGUCCUCUCCAAAUGAUCCUGCCGAAGAUCUUUACAAUCACGACAUAUUCUCGCUCCCUGCUGAAGAGAUGAAUUGGGACGACGAGUCUCCAAGCGAUUUCCAGUUGUCUGCCAGUUACUAUUUUAAAGCCACGAUCGUCACAAAUAACAACCCGAUUUUAACUCAUUCAACUGCCACUUCACCUUCAAACGCCAUACCCUUGGAUACCUCACCCUCAUCGUCGUCCUCGAACUCGGAACAUCGCGAGGAACAACGUUGGUGUCGAGUACAAGCUGAUAAACGUAUAACCUUAGCACGGUUUAAAAAGAACAUGGAACCGAUUUUGGGGGUGUCAAUAGAAUAUUUUAAAGUGUAUCGACAGUGCCCCAACGAGGUGGAGUGGAAUCGAUUGUAUGAAUCACUCAGUACUCUCAAAGAUGGUGAACGUUUGAUGCUGAAAUUGGGUAGAGUCCUUAAAAAAGACGAAUACAGUGGUAAAGUGUUCAGAUUGACACCAGAAAGCGGUGUACCCUUGGAGUUCCUAUUUGAGUGGGUGGUAGCCAAAGGACAGACGGUUGCAAGUGCGAAAAAGAAGAUUGUCAUGGCUGCAAAGAAACAACAUAUGCUUGACUUAAAUUAUUACACGUGUCGAUUAAGGAAGAAGAACUGGAAAUCGCCUGAAAAGGUAUACCUUGAUGACCAAAAAUUUGGAGUCGACAUCCCGAUUACAAACAAUUGGGAAAUGUUCAUACAAGACAUAGGAGAGCCUGAGAAGGUGACCAGCAGUGACCAGUUGUGCCUUUUCGUGCGACGUUGGUGUCCAAGCACAUUGACUUUAUGCCCUUUCCAAGAGGUGGUGCUCGAUACGCCGACGAUGGCCGAGUUAAAGAAUAAACUGGCCGAGGAGUCACACAUACCUCCCGAAUUUAUCGAAGUUACGCAUCCGAAACAUAACUUCCCCUGUGAUAUGAAUGUUCUUGAGGUGGACUCGGAACUCUACUGGAAUCCAGAUGUAACUAGUUUGGAGAACUGGCCUGUUCAAGUUAAUGAAGAUGGAAGCGUGUUUUUUUACAGAGAUAGUAGAGAAACUUUAAAGGAGUUGACAGCAGAAGAAAAAGCGGAAAUCACUAAAAAAGAAAACGUUCGCUUAGGUAAAUUUAGUACAAAGUCGUCGUAUUCGUUAAGGAGGGAACGAGGUCUUAAAAUUUACCUGGACCCUAGUAACAAAUCAGAAGAGCCUUGUGUGGACUGACAUGGUUGUCAUCUUAUUGAAGACGACAUUCAACCUCGACAAUAUCAGCAAAUGCAGUGGCUCAACUUCUAUUGUAGCAUCAGCUAACGGACCCAAAAGAUGUGUCUUUCUUGCUCCUUUCUCAUCGUCAUUAUGAUCAACAUAAACUUGAGUAACAGUUUUUUGCUGUUUUUAUUAUUUGUUGUCUGCUGUCGCGGCCCUUUUUAUUAUUGGCUGAUGCAGUUCUUUUUCUCAACUCUAAAUAUCACAAUUACUUUGUUUGUUGCCCUCCUCUCUACUCAGUGCAGUCUCUCACUCUACAACUUUCACAUGUAAUGUACAAAAAUGAAGCUCGCUAAUAACUGUUGUCUUAUAAACGCAAGUAAGUCUGUGUAAAUAGUCUGUAUGUGAUAGAGGAUGUUUAAAAGGUGGUAACGACCACAGGAAAAAACACCACGCUUAAACAAAACUGGAGUCGUCGAUAAAACGUGUAAAUAUUAUUUGUUGUUUCCGAUUUAUUUUGUUUAAGUAAUUUCUUCUCGGCCUCUUUUGAUGGCUCUUUUGUGCCAAAUAUGUAAAGUAUAUAAUUUAUUUCAUAAAACUUUUUUUUAACUCAUAUAAUAUUCAUUCACAGUUGCUUUUCUAACGCUAAAUUAAAUCUUAUUUAUUUCUUUAAUCAUAGGAUAUAGUCUUUAAAAAGAGCAUGUCUUAUCUUAUUAAAGCACAGUUUCUAUCAUUUCAAGUUGGUAAUUGAUAAAUAAUGUGUGAUUUAUAAUGAAUAUUAUUGGAUCCUUUUUAAUAAAUUCUUGAUUUGGAAGUUUAUGAUACAGUAAAAAUAUAUAUUCUCAAUAUGUAUUUUUGAAAAUCAUCUUGCACUAAUUUUGCAUUUUUAGUUAAUUAAUAGUCAGUAUUUUAUUACUGAAAAUUUUAAAGGUAUUUUGGAUGAUGUUUGUCGAAUUAUUGGAUUAUAAAACCUAGCAUAUUUUUCCAUUUUGAAGAAUUAUAAACAAAAGAGAAGGGUGCUAAAAUAGAUAAGAAAUGUACAUGACUUGCACUAUUGUUUAUUUAUUUUGUUAUAAGUUUUUAUUUGCUAGAUUAGAUUCAAACAGGAUGUGAUUUACUAGAGGAGAGACUGCACCUCAUUUUUUUUCUCCUUGUAAAUAUAUUCUCCUUACUAUAGUAAACUAACAUUUAUGUUAUUCAUAUUAAAUCGAACUGUUCCUGAUACCACAUUGUUCGAGAAGGAUCCAAACCAAGAGAUUUGACUCUUGCCUUGCCCUCAGUUGCUGUUUUCUACUUUUGUACAUAAAGUGUUUAGCAUUA